UUCACUUCCUUUCUUAAUAAUUCUCAAUCCAAACUCAGCGUAAGGAAUUUUGAGAAAAAAAAAAAUCACCACAGUGAAUAAGGACGGACAUUGAUGAGGUCGUGAGGGACUAAUUAGGCUACAGUGAAAGAUUAAGUGAGUGUAGUUUGGUCUCCAUUUCCAUCAAAGCUCGUCAUGGCCCCUAGAAUCCUACUCUGCGGCGACGUGUUUGGUCGCUUCAACCAGCUCUUCAAGCGCGUCUCAUCGGUUAACAAAUCGGCGGGUCCAUUCGACGCGCUUUUGUGCGUGGGCCAAUUCUUCCCCGACUCACCGGAGCAACUUGACGACUUUAUGGCAUACAUCGAAGGUGGCUCCCACAUUCCCCUCCCAACUUACUUCAUUGGCGAUUAUGGCGUCGCUGCCCCUAAAGUUUUGUUGGCGGCUUCUAAGGAUUCUGCUAACCGCGGUUUCAAGAUGGAUGGCUUGAAGGUUUGCGAUAAUUUGUAUUGGUUGAAAGGCAGUGGCAAAUUCAACCUCUUCGGGUUAUCUGUCACCUAUUUAUCUGGUAGGAAAUCGUCGACUGUUCAGCAGUUUGGAACUUACAGUCAAGACGAUGUCGAUGCUUUGCGUGCAAUAGCCGAAGAACCUGGAGUUGUUGAUUUGUUCUUGACUAACGAAUGGCCAAGUGGGGUCACAAAUAGAGCAGCUGCUUCAGAUAUUCCUGCUGGAUUAUCAGAUUCUACAGGCAGCGAUUCAACCAUAUCAGAUUUAGUACAAGAGAUUAAACCACGCUAUCAUAUUGCAGGUUCUAAAGGUAUUUACUAUGCCCGCGAACCAUAUUCCAAUGUUGAUGCCGUGCACGUUACCCGCUUCAUAGGGCUUGCGUCUGUUGGAAAUAGAGAUAAGCAGAAAUUUAUUCAUGCAAUUUCUCCAACACCUGCAUCCACCAUGUCUUCCACUGAGAUUGCCAUGAAAACCACAAAUACCACCUUAUCACCAUACACAUCUGCGGAGAAAAAAGCCUCUCCAAAUGAUACUGUAAAGAGAUCCAGUGAUGGUAUCUCUGAUUCUCAACAUUGGAGAUAUGACGUUUCACAAAAGCGACAGAAACAUGAAGCUGGCGAUAAAAUGUGUUUCAAAUUUGUAUCUUCUGGCUCUUGUCCGCGAGGAGAGCAAUGCAAUUAUCGACACGACACAGAUGCAAGGGAGCACUGCAUGAGAGGUGUUUGUUUUGAUUUUUUGAACAAGGGAAAAUGUGAAAGGGGUCCAGAUUGCAGCUUUAGGCACAGCUUGCAGGAUGAAGGUGAUAGGGAUCCUUCCAGGAAGCGUGGAUCCGAAAACACUAGGCCUAGCAGAUCAAGAGAAUGUUGGUUCUGCUUGUCAAGUUCCAAUGUGGAGUCCCAUUUAAUCAUAAGUAUUGGGGAAAAUUACUAUUUAGCACUAGCUAAAGGUCCGCUUGUUGAAGACCAUGUGCUGAUACUACCAGUUGAGCAUAUGCCAAGUACCUUAUCUCUGUCUUCUGAAUCUGAAGUUGAGCUCUUAGGGUUUCAGAACAGUCUCAAUAGAUAUUACAAGAACCAAGAAAAGGAAGUAAUCUUUUUUGAGCUGGCUUCCAUACGUGGCACUCAUGCCAAUCUUCAGGUCAUUCCCAUUCCAUCUCCCAAAGCAUUUUUGGUUGAAAAAGCGUUCAAUUUAGCUGCACAAAAGUUGGGAUUUAAAUUUGUGGUGAAGAAAUUCGAUAGCAUUUCCGAUGGAAGAAAGUUUUUGAAGACACAAAUUGAUGGGAAUUCAAGCUUGUUCUAUGUUGAAGUCCCAGGAGGCACAAUUCUGCUGCAUCAUGUUGAGGAGAAAGAGAUAUUUCCUGCCCAAUUUGGACGUGAGGUUCUGGCGGGGUUGCUUAAUAUGGCAGAUAAUGCAGAUUGGAGAAAUUGCAAACAUAACAAAGAGGAAGAGAUGAAAAUUGUUGAAGAUUUCAAGAACCGAUUUCAAGAAUAUGAUCCAAGCCAUUGAUUGUUCAUACAUUAAGUUCUCAAUUUACAGCGACACCAUGAUGAUUAAGUUGAUUCCUAGUGCAUCUAUUGGCUACAUAUGCCCAAUUGCUUGGCCCGCUGGAUUUCAAACUAAAAGGUGUAUGUUCAAUUUUGCAAUCGUCAACCUUCUGUUGCUUGGUUAUUGGAACGAACUGAUUUUACAUCAUUUAAUCCAUGAGUUGGUGCUUAAGAGCAACUUGAUAGUCCUGCACGAUUUCAAUCGGUCACUUAUAUCGGCGGUUCCUGUGGUGAGCUUCACUUUCCUUUCCUCUUAUUGACUUCUUGAAGCUUGGAUGGCAAUUUUUGUGGGACAAAAUAUAUGCCCAUUGUAUAUACACCUCAACCUUGGUAUUCCACAUAUUCCAGGCGGUCAAUGGCCAAACUGAAGUGGCUAUCCAAUCACUUAGGCUAUAUGCGUUGGUGAACAAGCAGUGCGGUGUUCAUGUUUUGAAACAGUUGGAUGUGCACCUGCUUUAUGCAGGUAAAUUAAGAUAUCUGAACUUCAUUUGCCUAGGGUAAAAGUUCGUAUGAUUUGCUUACAAAUGUGUAUUUCUCGAAGGCCAGUUUCAACCUUUUUGUUGAAUUUCAACACUGUAGAAGCUAGUUGUUUUGGUAUUUAUUUUCUUAUGAUUUGGUUGGUCCUUUUCAUUUGUUAUUUUGGUAUCAAUGGAUCAUAAAGAACUUCCCAUAUCCCUAUCUUUAGUCUUUUUAAGCC